CUCCUUCGCCCCCCUUCCAGUUCCUUGUUGCACUGCUCGCAGUAGCAGUUGCCUUGUAGCCAUGCGUCUGAAGGUCACUCAUGAACAGAUCAAUAACUAGAUCUUGCUGGGGACUACACUCAAGAGAAGCCGGUAUACCCUCAGAUCUGCCUACACGUAAGGAAACUGGGGGAUAUCAGAUCCAGGCUGAUGUAUGUUCCCAGUGAGGAGACUGCAGUCCUCAGGAGCCACAUAGCACCUCCCCUCCACCUCCACCACCAUCUCCUCUUCCUUUGUCUAGGGGCAUGCCUUCUGAACCCAGCCUCAGCAGUAGGGAGAUGCUGACAGGACAGAGGCUCUGUCAGUCAAAGUCCCACCAGGACUUGGUCCUCUCUGCCCUCAACCAGCAGAGGAAGGAUGGCCUGCUGUGUGAUGUCACCCUGGUCGCCGGUGAGCAGAAGUUCCACGCCCACAAAGCCGUCCUGGCAGCGUGCAGCGAUUACUUCAGGGCUAUGUUCAGCUUGUGCAUGGUGGAGAGUGAGGCAGACGAAGUGACUCUGCAGGGAGUGACCAGCAUUGGGCUGAAGCACGCUUUGGACUUCGCCUACACUGGACAGAUCCUGCUGGAGCCGGCGGUGAUCCAGGACGUCCUGUCUGCAGGCAGCCACCUUCAGCUGCUGGAACUCCUCAGCCUCUGCUCCCACUACCUCAUCCAGGAACUGAGCAGCGUGAACUACCUGGAGCUGUACCGUGUGGCCGACCUGUUCCACCUCCCCGCCUUAGAGGAGGCUGUGGUGGGCUUCCUGGUGGAGCAUCUGUCUGAACUGAGCCAGAGCAGGCAGGACGAGGCCCUGCAGCUGCCCUACCGCCUCCUCAGGGAGGUGCUGAAGAGCGACCGCCUCACCUCCCUGAGCGAGGAGGAGAUAUGGAAGCUGGUCGUUCUGUGGCUGGAACACGACUGCCGCUACCAAUACACCGAGGAUCUACUCCAACACGUCCGCUAUGGCUUGAUGGAUGUCCCCACGCUGCACCACCUUUCCCGUAGCUACUCUUUGGUCCAGUCCAGCCCUACUGCCGCCGCCCUUGUGGAGGAGGCCCUGGACUACCACCGUGCCACCUUCGCCCAGCCCCUCCACCAGUCAGCCCGCACCAGGCCUCGCUUCCAGUCGCUCACCCUCUACAUAAUUGGCGGGCGGAAGCGGGAGGUGAGCAGAGUCAGGGAGCUGCGGUACUUCAACCCGGCUGCACAGGAACAUGUACGUGUCGCAGGUGGGUCGAACUGGAGCGAGCUGGCGCCCAUGCCCACUGGGCGAAGCCACCACUGUGUGGCCGUAAUGGGGAACUUCCUAUUUGUCGUGGGUGGGGAAGGGGAGCAUGCCACAGGGAGGACAUGUGCGGUGAGAACUGCUUGUCGGUACGACCCCAGGGGCAACUGUUGGACUGAGAUUGCCCCCAUGAAGGCCUGCAGGGAACACUUUGUCCUGGGUGCUCUGGGUCAGUACCUGUACGCAGUGGGGGGCAGGAACGAGCUGAGGCAAGUGCUGCCCUCUGUGGAACGCUACUGUCCCAAGAGGAACAAGUGGGUAUUUGUCCAACCCUUCGACCGCUCAUUGUCCUGCCACGCCGGCUGUGUGGCUGACAAUCUGCUUUGGGUCUCAGGUGGGGUGACAAACACAGCUCAGUACCAGAAUCGACUGAUGGUGUAUGAUCCAGACCAGGACCAGUGGCUGGCCCGCAGUCCCAUGUUGCAGAGGCGGGUUUACCACGUUAUGGCGGCUGUGAGGAGGCAGCUCUACGUGCUAGGUGGGAAUGACCUGGACUACAACAAUGACCGCAUCCUGGUCCGGCACAUUGACUCCUACAACAUGGACCUGGACCAAUGGACGCGCUGCUCCUUCAGCCUCCUCACGGGUGGGCAAAGUGAAGGAACCACACGUGACCAUGCACACACGCACCAUUUAAACUCUAGCUGGUUAAUCAGUUGA